CCCCUGCCAAUAUCUUUGAAACGCCUCGAUUGCAUUGAUUAGGUGCAUUAAUAUAAUAUAUGUGGAGGAACAAGGAAUUAUUCUGCGUACCUCGAUUCUUUAAAAGACAAGAAGCAGACACAACUGGCCUCUAUGUUUCUCUAGAAGCAUUGCUUCGCUUUUUCAUUGUCUAACAUGAUGCUCAUAAAAACUUCAUUUCUGAAACGUUAAAACUUGAGGAGGCAGAGAGAGAUCUUCAGCUGCAACAGCCUCUGCAAUGGAUAUCAACACCUCUGUAUUUUUAGGGCUUUUUGCACAGAUUCUGUUUACAACAUUGCAGGGAGCAUAUGGCACUCAUCACACACUCAGCUGGAAAAUUUGCGGUAACCACAGCUUCUACAGGGUUUCCGAUCACGGAUCAAACUUUCUUGUUCGCGACACAUUAGAAUUUGGAAUACAGGAUAAAAGGAAUGAUAUUGCCCGAGUGAUGUCGGAAUCCGAGUAUGAGGCUUGCAGAGCGGAGGAUUCAACGGCGGUAAUUUACAAAGGCGGGGAGGGCAUUGAACUGAAUACGAGCGGAAUCUGGUAUUUUAUGUCGAGGAUUUCUGAUCGCUGCAAAUCUGGAGAAAAAGUGACGAUAAGUGUUGUGUCUGGAUCUGUAGUAAAGAAUCAAAGUAUAAGAAUGGGAAGAGGCGGAGGAACAGGCGGAGGAACAGGCGGCGGCGGAAGUGGAAGUGGGGGAAUGGGGAAUGCAGGGGGUUUCAACACUCCCAAAGGAAAUCGAAAUCACCCCAGCCAGAAAAACGAUGCCGGAGCUCUAACCCGCCCUGAUUUAAUCGUAUUGCUUGCUUUGUAUUCGAUCUUGUUCAACAUAUGUUGAUUACUCUUUUACAGGCUAUCAGAAAAGCUUAGAAAAGGAAAGAUGGUUGAAAGCAACAAGUCACGGGAUAUUCUAUUAUUUAAUUGCAUCGAUUGUGACGACAGUAGUUAUUUGUCUUUUUCACUUUAUUAGCAAUUUGUUCUGCACUUGUUUCUUUUUUAAUCUAGAAGAUUUGAAUGGUGUCACUGUCUAUAACAUGAACUUUUAUAAUUAAAUCAAGUGUCUUUUGACAGCACUUUUAACUUU